UCGGGUCGCGCGCGCACGCACGCGCGUUGUGUUCACUGCGCGCGGAGCUCCACUUGCCCUGCUCGCUCCGUCUCCUUCGCAUCCUUCCUCCUCGCUCUUCCUAAUCGAUUGAGAAUUCACCACCCCACCCCACCCCCAUCCUCCUCCGAUUGUUUUGCUUAUUUGUUACGACGUCGUUCUGAUUGUUUAAAGUCCGCAAAGCGAUGACGUAGCCGCGCUCAGUGCCUUCGCGAAUUAGUUUUUUUUGCGCAUUUAGGAGAGAUGUUCUUGCGAGAAGUUCGCAAUGCAACGACACUCGUCUCGGCUCGCUGAGAGCAUCGGCGGAGUCUGCGUGAGACGAACGGCGAGAUAGGCGGUGGGGGGGGGGGGGGGCACAGCGAGCACCGCGGUAAAUCACGCGUCGCUUUUCGCGAUCCAGCCGCCGCGGCCACCCACGAGCCACUCACUCCGGCGGUCACCGCGCGCCUUGGUGACUCCUCCAAACUCUCAAUCGGAACGGAAACUUCAACAUCCGCUGCCUCUGACCGUCGUCGAGAGCGAUCGCUCUUGUCUCGGGGUGGGGGGGGGGACAGGGUCCGCCACGAGCCACCCUGCGUUCCUGCAGGCCGAGCCAUGGCGCUUCAAUGCGGCGGAGACAGCGAUGUGAAGACGCUGCUGAACUUCGUGAACCUCGCCUCGAGCGACAUCAAGGCUGCGCUUGACAAGUCGACGCCGUGCAAGCGUUCCGUGGAUCACCGCAAGUACCUGCAGAAGCAGCUCAAGCGCUUCUCGCAGAAGCGCGCGAUCUACUGCGCGUCGGGAUCCGGAUCUGGAGCGACCUCCGCGGGGAGCACCCUCUCGUCCUCAUCCUCUUCGUCUUCUUCGUCGUCGUCAUCUGCCUCGGGCGCAGUCUCCGGGCGGCAUCCGACGCCGUGCGGAGGCGACCCUCGCUCCGCCUCGCUCCCCGCCUGCUCGGCGCUCUCAUCCUCGGCGGAGAGCAGCGACGGGGAGUCGAACGCGUUCGCUCUCAUCCCGAGGCCCUUCCCCGGCGCGUCCGCUGCCUGCUCCAGGCUGAAGCAACCGCCUCGCUUCUCGGUCGAGGAGGAUGAAGACCACGAAGACGACGACGAAGACGACGAGGAAGAGACGACGAGGAGGGGGAGGAGGGCAACGGCGGCGGAUCGUGGAGACCAGAGGAUGGCUUUGUCGGCACCGCUAGCUCCGCGCUCGAGGCCUCCCAUCUCCCAGCACGACCCCUCGCGCAGGGCCAUGGGGGCCGCGCCCGUGGUGGUCCGCGCCCUUGGCGCCGCGCAGCAGCAGCAGCAGAACGUGCCGCUCAGGAAGCGACAGCUGCCCGCGUCCUUCUGGAAAGAGCCCGAGCCGGCCGAGAAGAGACCUCGCGGCGAGAGAGGAGGCGCCUUUGGCGCCUCGUCGCUCGUCGCUCCGGGCGACCACCGAAUCCGGGCGAUGAUGCGCGACGCGACGCGACAGCUCGCGACGCGCGCUGGAGUCGGACAACAACAGCAGCAGCAGCACCACCACCACCAACAACAACAACCGCCGCUACCUCCCCCGCUACCACCGCUGCCACCGCCGCCGCCACAGCAACGGCAGUCGCCGCAGCAGCAGCAGCUGCUCCUCCUCCAGGGAAUGGAACCGCUCGUGCAGAUGUCGAAGGGCCACCUGAGCUUCCUGCAGGGGCCGCCGUCUUGCGCGGACGCCGCCGCAGCCGCCGUAGCCGCCGCGGUAGCGUGCGCCGCGCACCCCCCGACCCAGCCGUACUGCGGGGCCGCCGCGUUCGCGGGAGACGCGAGCGGGGCCUCUCCCUGCGCCUCGUGCUACGCGGCCGCCGCUUCCUACUACCCGGCCCCAGCGCGGUACCUCGGCUCCCUGCAGGCCCUGCAGGCCCUGCCGGCACCGCAGCUCGGCCACGUCGGACACAUCGGCCCCGCUUCGCCAACCGCGGCGGCGGCGGCGGCGGCGUCGCGACUGAUGUCCGCCUACGACUUCUGGACGCGGUUCGAGGCGCGAACCCUGCAGGGGACGCCCGAGCGGGCAAUCGAACCUAUGCUGCUGCACGGGGAAGGGAUGGCCGGGCUGAAGGCGGCGGGGCUUUUGCAAGCGACCCCCGUGAAGCCCAUCGUGUGGAAGCCGAUUCCGACGAAACCCGCGCUGCCGUUCCCGUCGUCAUAUGCGCUCGUGGCUCGCCUCGACCCGAAUGCGUACACGGCGUGAGCAGGAACUAUCAAACAA